AUUCUUCCGCUGUUAUGGGUAAUGCAAACUCGCGUGCGGUGGAAAUCGAAGCGCUGCGUCCCGGAGACCACGUUUUCAUUCGGGACCGCACGCACUGGCCAUUUUCGUACCAGCACCACGGUAUUGUUUGGAAAUCCAGCGACACUGUUGAAGAUAUCCCAGUUUGUCACGUGUGGACGCCGCUGGAAGGCUUUCGACAGGCGCAAAGCGACUCGAACUUCCGAGUAUCGACGCUGAAGCAGUUCAUUUACCACCGCAGUGUCGACGAGUUACGAGUUGUCGAGUAUGAUGGCACCAAGCUGUUCUGGUGCAAGGCCGACCGACCUGACAUCUUGCUGUAGAUUGCUGCUUGGCCACGGACGUGGCGACUACCACCCGAUCACACAGAACUGCGAGCAUGCUGCGCGUUGGUGCAAGACUGGUCGUCAAUGGUGCUCGCAAACUCUCACACCAGGACACGGGAAUAUUCCGUUCGAGGACCAGCUUCGAAAACUUGACGUUCUUGCCCUGAAAACUCACGUUGAAGCGAUCAAAUCUGCCGCAGCGACGAGCACUUUGACAAAUGACUGCGCCGAGCACAAUGGUCUUCAUGGCCGCACAUUGUUCUGGAUGGACAGCUUCUCAGCCGAAAUAGUCCACGUUUGGAAUGGAUUAGCCCGCCGAGUUUUCAAUCGGCCACCAACUAUUGCCAAAAUUUACCACCCUCGCUUGACCUGGACAAGUCCAACUAACGGAAACUCCUCUCUAAUGGCUCUCAAAAUCGGCAAAAGAUUUCAUCAACAUGCAAACUGGCCCCGUCACGUCGAGUUCGCAGCCUCCUUCUUGAAGACGUCGAUUACCCGCAACGAGGACAGGCGUGUGACGUGAGCUGCCGACAAAAUACUCGCGUUCCUGGCUAUCCUGUGCGCGGUUGACUCAACCCAACGCUAUCGGACGGAUGCAACGCGAGUCGUUGUCAACGACGCCAAGCACGUCGAGACAUCGAUCGUCAGCUCGCACUCGGUUGUCAGUUGCUAUUUCGAGAGAUUCAUAUCGUUCAUGCAGCAGACAAAGCACAAAUAAUAUCCACUUGACCAUUCUUCCGCUUACUGUGCAC